ACUGUAUGCUGUGCCCUCCUCAAUACUGGCCAAAUGACCAAAGAAAUCAAUGCCUGCCCAAAGAAAUUGAAUUUCUUUCAUUUGAUGAAAAUUUGGGAAUAGUGCUAGUGUUAUUUUCUCUUUGUGGAGCUUCUCUUACGGUGGCUAUUGUAGUAGUCUUUUUCCAUCACAGACGUACCCCAAUAGUCAAAGCAAAUAAUUCAGGGCUGAGCUUCCUUCUUCUUUUCUCAUUAACUCUCUGCUUUCUUUCCUCAAUCUCAUUUAUUGGCAAACCGUCUCAGUGGUCAUGCAUGUUUCGUCACACAGUUUUUGGCAUCACGUUUGUCCUCAGUAUUUCAAGUGUACUAGGCAAGACGAUUGUUGUCCUAAUGGCCUUUAAAGCUACAGUCCCUGGUAAUAAUACUUUGAAAUGGUUUGGUCCCAAACACCAACGGUUAGGAGUGGCUGCUUGUACAUUAAUUCAGGCUAUAAUAUGUGUCCUUUGGCUGAUAACAUCCCCCCCGUAUCCAUACCAAAACAUGAAAUAUUACAAUGACAUUAUCAUUUUGGAAUGUGCCCUUGGAUCAUCAGCUGCAUUUUUCAGUGUUUUGGGUUACAUUGGACUUCUUUCCUUUGUGUGUUUUAUUUUUGCUUUUCUUGCUCGCCACCUGCCAGACAACUUCAGUGAAGCUAAAUACAUUACGUUCAGCAUGCUGAUAUUCUGCACAGUGUGGCUCACAUUUAUUCCUGUUUAUAUCAGUACACCUGGGAAAUACACAGUAGCUGUGGAAAUAUUUGCUAUUUUAGCUUCCAGUUUUGGCUUGCUUUUCUGCAUUUUUGCUCCAAAAUGUUAUAUCAUAUUAUUAUAUCCUGAAAGAAAUACAAAAAAACACAUGAUGGGUAAAAUGUAUUCCAAGUCAUUAUAAAUCAAAAUGUAAAGUAAAAUUUUCUUUCAUUUUUUGAAGAUGCUUAUGUUAAUCACAAAACAUGCAAUUUUUAAAUAGUACAGUUUGCAUGGUUAGAUGUGUAAUCUUGUAUAUAUUGAAACUGAUCCAUUUUUCACAU